CAAAAUUAGAUAUUUUUGUCUUGUUUUGGUCAAAAUUGGCGGGUUUUCGCAUUGUUUGCUCAGGAAAACUUAUUUUAGCUUUCAGAAGAGGAUUAGAAAUUCGGAAAGGUAUCAUUGCAUUCAUAAAAUCGCUAUUAAAUGUUCCCUGGUGCUUCUUCGACGGGCUUCUACCAUGCGCCGUUUAGUAAAGGCCUCUUGGUCUUAACCGGAACAGCUUCGUUCUUCAACAUCCUGUUUGUAUCCUCCACAAGACACUUGUUCUCAAGUAAUCCAUGGAUCCAGAUUGUGCAUAACUCAAAGUUAUGGCGAGUUCUGACCUCAACUUUUUACUAUUCAAGUACUAGAAAUUUGAUUUGUGGUUCAUUUCUUCUUUAUUCUUUCCGGAUCUUUGAGAGACGAUUUGGAUCUAAAAGAUAUGCAUCAUAUAUUUUCUGUACCUCUGUAAUUGCAAUUGGACUUCAACUUACAUCAAUAGCUGUUCUCAAACAUUUUGGACAUGAAGUAGGACUUCCUCCAGCAGGACUUUUUGGAGUGCUGUUUGCAACUCUUGUCAAGUAUUUCUAUGAUGUCCCAGCAUCAGAUGCUAUCACCUUCAUUGGAUUCCCAAUCUCGGGAAAAAUAUUUAUUUACUCCAUGGCACUUCAGAUGCUGUUAGCUAAUAAGGAAUCACUCUUGGCUGGUAUUUGUGGGGUGGUAGCAGGAUUUAUUUAUAGGUUCAACUUAUUUCAAGUUCAACAGUGGUUGAAGUUGCCAGAAUCCCUGAUGUCAGCUGUGUCCAGAGCAUUUGGUGGAUUGUUUUCAACAGAGACUCCCCCUACUCAGCCCUAUGCGAUGGGUGCAACGCUGGAAAUACAGAGAGCACAGCAAGUGGAACAUUAUGAGCAGCAAGCAAUGAGGGCAAGAAUGGGACAUCUUAGAAACAGGGGUCCUCCAAGAGUAGGCCAAGGAUAUGCUGAUGUCCUCCUCCCCCCUGGGGGAGGAGGCUGGCUUUGGGGAGGGGCAGGUGGCCAGCAGCCGCCACCCCCGCCUCCACUGAAUAACUGGCAUGACAGAGGUGCUGAUGUAGACAAUGCUAACAUACCUCAGCAACCAACCGUGGAAGUGUCAGAAGAACAGGUUCAGACUUUGGUGGAGAUGGGAUUCUCUAGGCUGGCUGUCCUCCAUGCCCUGACGGCAAGUAACAAUGAUGUCAAUGUGGCCACAAAUAUUUUAUUGUCACAGUCUUAGCCUUGAUCAAGUGUUGUUAGUAGUGGUUCACUACAGCAUCUAGUUCUAUAUGGCGACUGUCUGUCAGAGGAUUUCUGUAAAUACAGUGUAAAUCCAAGAUCAAAAUAUUACAGAUGUAAAAAUCUGAUUUUUAAAAGACUCAACAUAAGUCGGUGUAACAUUACUAUUAUGUUACGUGCAUGUUAAUUUUUAAUGUAGAAUCAUUUUAACAGAGGAGGCAAUUGGAAGCUUUAUUAUGUAACUGUGGUACUCUGGAACUACAUGUACAGUAAAAAGGCCAGAAAAAAAUGAAUAAAAUAAAAUUACUCUAAAUAGUGA